AUGGCGGCCCUGAAAAUAGCAAACGUCAAUUGGCAAUCCAAACUAAAUAAAGCUGCACACCACACCUCUGAUUAUAGCAGCACAGAAGCAAUCCUGAGGAGAGGACAGCCCUUCAACAUCACUCUGAACCUCCAAACAACAGUGCAACCUGGGGACAACUUCACCUUUAUUGCAAGCACAGGACCUUGUCCAGCAGAAUCACAGCAGACCAAGGCCGUAUUUAACCUUUUGGAGGAGGAUGCCAGUGGCUGGAGUGCAACCCAAGAGCCCAGUGAGCCUGGCUGCAUGAACUUCACAAUAUUCAGCCCAGCCAAUGCUGUCAUUGGACGGUAUAAACUCAAACUCCAGAUUGUUUCUGGGAACAAGGUCUCUUCGACACUCCUGGGCCAGUUUGUGCUACUCUUCAACCCCUGGUGUCCAAAUGACGAUGUCUAUAUGGCCAAUGAAAAGGAGCGACAGGAGUAUGUCCUGAAUGACAGCGGAAUCAUAUUUCAGGGACUGGAAAAAUAUAUUCAACAAGAAGCUUGGAACUAUGGACAGUUUGAAGAGGAUAUCCUUGAUAUCUCUCUGGCUAUACUGGAUCGAAGCCUGAACCACCGCCAAGAUCCAGCUGUUGAUGUAUCCAACCGAAACAAUCCUAUCUAUGUCAGCAGGGUUGUCAGUGCUAUGGUUAACAGCAACGAUGAAAAAGGAGUAGUGGAAGGGAAGUGGAAUGGAAACUACUGCUCAGGCACCAACCCCUUGCAGUGGAGUGGAAGCGUGACCAUCCUUCGGAAGUGGUACAGGGGGAGAUACAAACCUGUCCGGUAUGGCCAGUGCUGGGUCUUUGCAGGAGUGAUGUGCACAGUUCUGAGAUCCUUGGGAAUACCUACUCGUGUAAUUACCAACUUCAACUCUGCCCAUGACAGGAAUAUAAAUCUGAGUAUUGAUAACUACAUUGACAUUUCUGGAAAGACCCUGCACUUGACUGAAGACAGUGUGUGGAAUUUCCAUGUCUGGAAUGAAAGCUGGUUCAUCAGAAGAGAUCUUGGCUCUUUUUAUGAUGGAUGGCAGGUUCUGGAUGCAACACCCCAGGAAAGAAGCAAAGGCAUAUAUCGGUGUGGUCCUGCCUCCACCAGAGCCAUUAAGGAAGGGGAUGUGAACCUGGAUUAUGACAGCUCAUUUCUAUUUGCAGCAGUGAAUGCUGACUAUGUUACUUGGAUUCACUAUAGCAACAAAAGAAAAGAGAGAAUUUAUUCUGAUUCUAGGAAGAUUGGAAAAUUUAUCAGCACCAAAGCAGUGGGCACCAACUGCCGUGUGGAUGUCACUGCUAAUUACAAAUAUCCAGAAGGAUCCUUGAAAGAAAGGCAGGUGUAUAAAAAAGCACGGAAGCUGCUUGGUGUGAGAAGCACCGGAAAAAGAACCAAAAUUGCAAGACCAAGAAGACGAUCUUCAGUAGCAUGGAGACAAAAUAUGGCACAGCCUGCACAAAAACCCAGUAUCUCAGCGAAGCUGAUCCUUGAUGCACCUCCUGUAAUUGGCCAGGAUAUCCUCUUUACCUUGGCACUCAGGAACUUGAUUUCAGAUUUCAAGACCAUAAAGGUUAAACUGAGGGCUUCAGCCAUUCUCUACACAAGAAAACCAAAGGCAGAGAUUUUGCAGUUGUCUAGGUCUAUUAAACUUGGAUCUGAAGAAGUGAAAGAGAUUUCAUUCAAGAUCUCCUAUUCCCAGUACAAAAACUCUCUCAAGGAUGACAGGAAGAUCCUGGUGACUGCUGUGUGCGAAACCACGCAAGAAGCCUCGCUUCUAGUGGAAAAGGAUAUUGUGCUUCAGGAUCCUUUUCUCACCAUCGAGGUCCUUGGUCCAACGGUGGUACACAAGGCUGUGAAUGUGCAGGUCACACUUACCAACCCACUGUCUGAAGUGGUGACAGACUGUGAGCUGAGAGCAGAAGGUAGUGGCCUGCUCAAAGAGCAACUCAGAAUCAAUGUGGCAAGAAUGGCCCCCAUGGAGAGCUUGACAGUCCAAUUUGAAAUCAUCCCCUACAAGAGUGGCACCAGGCUGCUUCAGGUGGACUUCGUUUGCAUCCAUUUUUCAGACAUUAAGGGAUUUGUGAUGCUUGAUGUGGCUCCUGCUCAGUGA